AUGAAGAAGAAGCCUCUGCACUGGCCCACCUCCCCUGUAAAUGGUUCAGGAGAGGGGAGCGCAGAGAAGCGGAAGCUAAGAGUGUGGUUUUCAUGUUCACCCCACUCCUGUGUGUGUUUCUUGCAGGAGGAGCACACCCUGUACUCUCUGUCAGGAGGUGCAGUCACUCCAGAAAGCCAUCUGGAUGAAUCAUCUCCUGCAGACACCACUGAAGAUAAUCUGCCUUCAAUGCGGCCAUGGGGAAGGAGCCAAUCACUGCCCGCCUAUGCUGACCUCAUAAUGGGGGGCAGUGGUUCACCUUUCUGCAAUAAUCUCGUCGGUACCAGAGAAGAAGAUGACAGUGGGACCAGCUCACCAAAGAUGGAUAGGUCGGACAUAGAGGAUGGCCUGGAGGAAGGGGACCUCAACGCCGAAGGGGAAAACGAAAGAGACCAGGAAGAGUUCACUAUGAACCCCAACCAGCUGGACUUCUACCAAGCCAACCCCUUCGCCCGCUGUCAGUGUGACCAUGACCUCUUCAAUGAAGACCUAUUCCUUAAAACAGACUCAUCUGAUGGCUUUGGUUCUGACCCUUUCAAAGGCAGUGACCCCUUCGCAGCAGAUAUUUUGUUUCCAUUGACGAAUACUGGCGAGAGCACAGGAAAUGCCGGUGACGAAGCAGACACCAGUCUGUCUUGUGUUGAAAACAAAGCUUCAACGGGAACUCAGUGCUUUGAGUCAGAAUUCCCAGAUGAAGACAGUGACAUAGAGAUUAGCUACAGUCGAGAGGACCUGGACACCAGUGAGUGUCUUGGUUUGACUCAAGCUGUUGGCGAACCUGUCCUGUUGGAGCCCGGUUGGACAGGCAACAGAGAGGAAACUUUGCCCUGUGAUGUCACUUGCAGAGAGCAAACAGAACAGGUUAGGAACAUCGAAGAAGAAAUCCAACUCCCUGCUGUUCCACAGAACUCACUAGAGUCCCAGAACAUUUUCACUCAGCCUGACUCACAUCAGAACAGCCUUGAGUUGAACUAUGAACCAACCAGUCAGUCUUCCUUUGACCCAUAUGGCUUUAAACUCAGCCCAGAGCAUUCUAGUCACACUCUUUUAGACCCUGAUGAAGAUGAGUUGAGUCCAGAACCUCCUGACGAUGAUCUGACCUUUGACCCUGAACCCUGCUCUUCUCAACAUCAGCUGAACUUUGAUGCCUACGGGUUUGACAUUACCUCCUCCCAGAUGAUACGGGACUUUGAUCCUUAUGGCUUUAAGCUGAGCCCUGAAGAAGAGAACCAGGAAGUGUUGGAUCCCUGUGGCCAUGACAACAGUUCUGUUAAUGACAGCUCAGAUAGUGAUGUGGCAUCCGAAAAUAUGCUGGGACUGCAGCUCAGUAACCCCAGUGUCUGCACCUCGAAUACCACAAAUACUAGUACUUUAAACACGGCCAUCAGUAGCAUGUCUGCCAGCCAGGACCUUAAUUCGUCUGCUGCCCUGAUCCACCACAACCUUUUAGAAGGUGAUCUCGGUUCAGUGUUUGGGGCUGGAGGAUACAUUGGAUGUCCUGAUGUAGCUGAUGACCUAGAGCCAUUGCAGAGAAGGCAGACUAACCCAGUACCAGAGCCAGUACGACCAGUUAGGCCUCCUCGACCAUCUCUCAGGGCCAAGGACAAGGCCCAGUCCCAGACUCAGGUCAUCGAUUUAAAGUGAUUUCUCACCAUGAAGCAUUCAAGUGAGGUUCACUGUGUCAGCACGGUUCCUGUGAUGACAACAAGGCAAGAAGUGAAGAUGAUAAGGAAUAAAGUACGACAAAGGGAAAUGCAAUGGAGGAAAAAUGACUAAAGAGCAAGAGCUCAUUCUGGUGUUAAUUAUCACAGUAAAUUAGUUCAGGUUAAUCAGAGGAGAAACAAUGGAAGGCAAGAUGAAAAAACGACCAGGAACCAAAUGAUAAAAAAGAUUUCCUGAUUAUUAUAUUAAGAAACAUGAUUUUAUCCAGUUUAUUUAUUUACAUCUGUCAAGGUUGCAAACGACUGUCUGACUUGUCUUUUUAUGAUUUGAUGAACUGAAGAAGGUUUUGACGGACCUGACUGGUCUGAAGUGAAAAUAAUGUCCAUGUUUGUGAUGUGACAUACAGUAAAUAUUAGGACAUAUGUUACAAGACUUCAAAUAGAUAAACUGUAUAUAAAUGAUACAAUGUAAUCUGCUGUUGUGGUUUUGAGAUUAUCUAUCCAAUUAGUAGUUUAGAUCUAAGUUGCAUAUGAACUGUAGAGAGUUUAUAGUCGGAUUUACCAAUGAGCGCAUAUCCACGCUCACAACAGUGUUUUCACACAUCAUUUAAGAGGCUCCUUAAAGAGAAGCAGUGGUUCACUGCCAUUCUAGGCUGGAUUCUUCAGUUUCACCAGUGACAAAGCACGACUGAUGGCUGUGGUCAGGUGUGUGCUUUGCUACAUGUGUAGCACGCUCAGUAGUGACGCGAUGCCGCCCAUGUUUAUAAUUGGACUGUAGCUGAAAAGAUGGCCACUUCAUUCUUUGUUCCAAUUUCAUGCUGCACACUAAUGCUGCAAAUAAAAACUAUGCAGGGGUUUUGGUUGUGUACUGUUAGUUAGGUAGUUACAGACGUAACUACCUAACUAACAGCGCAGGCUGCCAAUUCUUUCUUUUGUUUGGUAGCAACAAAGAAAAAAGCAGUAAAGCUGUGUCCACCCAGGACAUGUGGGUGUGGUUUGGUGAGCAAUGAAAGUCAGCGACAUUGUCUGACUUCAAGUGGUGCUGGGCAAAAAGCCCAGGAUGAACUUUUCUCAUGUUGGAGGCCACUGAAGUGACUGACAUUUGACAGGGUUGUAAUUGCAUGAGGUCACCUAGGCAACCACAGCCUGGAGCGUCUACUAGUGAUCAGAUCUCAGCUUGAGUGGAGCGCUGGGGUGGGGACACAACACCAAGAGACAGAUAGUUACAUCUGAGUGGAAGAGCAGUGAUGUGGAAAGACUAUUGCCUUCUCCCGUUGUCAUCAGUAUUAAGCUCUUGUAUUUUUGUCUCUCCCUCGUAAUGUAAUUAAUUUUACUACUGCUGAUAUUUAAAGACACCAGUGCAGAAGUACUGUAUGUAACUUUCAGAAAGCAGUUUUUUCUGUCCAGCAGAGAAAAGAGACAAGUUUAUUGUUAAGCUUUAAAAACAAUACCUAUUUUCUUUAUUACACAUAUUUAACUUGUGUCAUGAAAAGACAAACUGCACAAUAUAUCCAGUGAUCUUUUUUUAAACUCAAAUGUUACUGCUAAUUAAUCCCCUGUUAGUACUCAUCUUUUUAUAGCACUGCCAGUGAAACUUUAUGAAGUAAUUAAGAUUUGUUUUCAUUUGUGAAUGGCGCACACAACGUCGAGCAGAUUUACAGUGGUAAGACAGAUCUGAGCGUUUCAUUGGUGUAAACAUCUUUGCUUAGGAAGCGUGGAACCAGGACACAGCGGGGGUAAAUGUGGAGUGGGUCCGGCACCGGUGCCGCUGUUACGCUGCCCAUCCGGCAGUUUCUUCCACAGGUCUGAUAAGUUUACUGUGAUCAGACUAAUGUAGUCCGAACUAACAGUGACGCCACAGCCAGAGUACAAAACAGAAAUCUGUGAGCUGAUCAUGUUCUGUAGGUUAAUCACUCCCAGAGACCUCUUCGACACUGUUAUAUCAUUUUCAGGUUAUAUUAGAUAUCUAAUUAUAUAUAAAACACUGUUAUUCCUUUUGAUUGUACCCACACGAGGUCACACGCACAACUGCUUUUUAACAAGUUCAUGAUAUUUACUGGUAUGGUAGCAGAGCAUCAGUGUAACCAGUUCCUUUAUUCCUCUGAGCACCCAAAGCCUGUUCUACUGCAAGCAUCAUUUAACCAUCUGCACUCACAUUCACACAAGCACUUUUCUUCUACACCUGAGAGCUUUUCUCUAACCGUCACAUACACAUUGAACUUGGGGUUCAGUGUUAUUUCAACUUGCAGACGGGAGGAUGAAAUCAUCUUCCUCCUGAGCCAACCUGAAGUACAACUCCAAAAAGUUUGCAUGCUGUGUAAAAUUUUAAAUAAAACAGAAUUCUUUAUUCAUGAUAGAACGCAGAAAGCAUAAAUAUAAAUAUGUAAUAUUUUAAUUUGAUGGCAGCAGCACAUCUCAGAAACAGGGUCGUGCUUCCCACUCUGUAGACUGGGAGAGGAAUGCUGUCCCAUUCUUGUCUGAUAGAUAUUUUUACUUUAUGAUGCUCCACCAGCUGGUAACAGCAAGGACUCUUCUACUAUGAAGGCUUUCCAUGAAACACAAUCUGGAUGGGAGUAUAUGCUGCUCUAAAACUGCCAACUCCAGAGGCACUAACGCACUGCCACACCAUCACAAAUUCAGGUUUUUGAACUGAGCACUGACAGCAAGUCGGAUCGUCUGGAAGACGCAGUGUCCAUGUUUUCCAAUUUCAAAUUAAAAUUUCUUCACUCUGCUUCAGUUUUAAAUGAGCUUUGGUCCAGAGAUGAUGGCACAGUGAGCUGUGUUCACAGACAGUGAUGGAAGUGUUCGUAAGCCCAUGCACUGAUUUCAUAACAGCAUCAUGUCUGCUUGAGGACCUGAAGAUCAGCUGCAUCUAAUGUUGAUUUUCAGCCUGGUCCCUCAUGCACAGAUUUCUCCAGAUUCUCUGAAUCUUCUGAACUUUGGAUGAUGAGAUAUUCACAGUCUUUACUAUUUGUUGAGGAACAUUACUCUGAAAUUGCUCUACAAUGUUGUUGAAGCACUUUUUUGCAGAUCUCUCUCUCUCAGAUGUUCUUUUCUUCCCCAGUCCUUUUACUGACCUGUCAUCAGUUAGCCCAAUUACGUAUAAAAUGUUUCUUUUUUGUGUCACUUACUUUUUCAGUCUUUUGCUGCCCCAUCCCAGCUUCUUGCUGCUGCCAUCAAAUUCAAACUGAUUGUUUUUACAUGGUAGUACAAACAUCAUGAGUGUAAGUCUACCUUUACAUGGCACUGAUUCAGUUCACACAAAGCUUCAGUUCAGCCUACCUCACUCUUUUACCAUGAAGCAAGUAUUCCAUGACUUUCAUAUUUGUAGAUAUGUACAUGAACUCGCAUUUUCUUUUGAUCGUACAAUGGUACACAUCAUAUAGCAAAGACAUUAAAGUGAAGUCCCACAUCCCACCUGCUUCAAACGAGAUGCUCCCACUGAAUAACUAGAACGGUUCCAUCGAAAAUGGAAGAAAACACAAGCUGGUUCACGAGUUAACAUCAAGGGUCUAAUCAUUUUAAACAGAGCCAGAGCUAAUUUAAUACAGAAGAGUCAGUGAGACCCCGAAGACCAGCAAUCGUCACCUUACCUUAUAUUCAAAGUUCUUACUUCCAGUUAAAGGCUUACUGAUGUGUCCCAAAAGUGCAUUCUGUUCAUCUGGACGUUUUCAGUGGGAGAAAUGUUUCGUCACUCAUCCAGUGACGUCUUCAGUCUCAGCUGACUGCAGGUUUCCCCAACCUUAUAAACAGUACAUUUGCACAAUGAGUGAAACUAGCACCAGUGAAGGACCAAUGGGCUGAGAGAUCAGUUCCUGGAUCAUUAAUAUGCAAACUGUCAUGACCAUUCAUCAAAGACCACUGAUCAAUGGCCAUGAGUACCAUAUGCAUGGCAUGCAUCGAGACAUUAUUGACGUGCGUUUUGCAGUUUUCCUAUGCAUUUUGGUCUUUUGUCCAUGGAAACCAUGUGGGUGCAGCAUAA